AUUGAUAGGAGGAACGACUGUCUUCCUCCUAAAUGGAGCUUGGUAUCAGCAGGUCGAGGGUUAAAAGAGUCGACACCUCCAUGCGAAUUUACGAUAGGACUGACACUGAAAAUGAAGACAUUAUCGUACAGUGCGCUGGCUAUACCUUAGCCAGACGAUGAGGUCGCGGCUGUCUAGUCCAGUUACAAGCACAAGCGUGAUAUCGUUCAUAAUUUCUCGGCAACGCUUUUCCUAUCUUUGAAUAACCAUGAGGCAGCCAGCGGUCAAUUGGAUUGCAUCUGAUUACCGGGACGAAGAACAGUGAAAUAAUGGCUUGUGACAUGCUCGUUUCAGUGGGAAGCAGAUUCCUCACUGUCUUGCCGCUCAGCUAGAAGAACGCCUUUUCAUUCUACGGGGAACACACCGGGUACCAGAUACUUAGAGUGAUAUUCGUACCAAAUUGAGGUGUAGAGUCACUGUACUUUGGGGAAGUCUUUUACUAUACGCAUUUACCAUGAAAUCCAUUUUCACUGGUUCCCUCUUGAUUAUCGCUUUCUGCCUUUUGCAAGUGGCCAUAGCAGUACCAGUUGCUGAGUUACAGGAUGUUACGGAUGGGAACCUCAAACGUCUGGUGAGUAAACAUACAAAGAGCGCACUUGGCAUAGGGGCAGAAGAAUCCGGCCCCAACAAGCGUGAGCCACUUCCUUUCGGUACUUUCUAUAGGAAUGGCCCAGAUGAGGAGGACACCGAUUCUGCGUGAUGACAAGUGAUAACAGAGUUACUGGAUCGCAGCAGAGAGUGAAGUGUUCCAGGCUCGACUUGACGGGGACGUAACACUUUGUCCAUUGAAAUCAUAUUUCUUGUAUUUGUAUAGGCGAAAUCUUGAAUAUUAUGGUGUGAAAGGGAUCAACAAUUCAAGGGAAGCAAGUAUGACCUGAUCAUACAUCGGUGUGCUCGUAUUCGACAGUAGUACUAUUGGUGCUAAGUGUAUGACAAGUCCAGUCUUUGCGGGAUCGGAAUGUAAUAGUUCAUGUUCGAGA